UAGUGAGUGAUAAAAAUUGUUGGAGUUUUUUACGGUUUGUGAGUGAAAAAAAAAAUUGGGACUCAUCUCAGGCCCCGAAUAAUGGAGUUUUGGGGCCCGUAUUAUGAGGGGACUGAUUAUAAUGUGGGGGAUGGUUCUGGCAGAUGUGAAUACGGUGGGAUAUGUUGAAUGCACGAGACUGAUGUGACAUUCGGUCCGACGAUGAUCACAUUCCAGUUGAGGAUUCUGAAGACGAGGUGCGUCAGCCAUCACCUGGACGAUGCACUUUUUAUGAGUGUACUGUAUUUGUGGAUUGUCGGAUCGCUCUGCGUCAAAGACAUCCCGAUAUCCCAUGUGAUCGCAGUGGAGGGUGAUGACACGUAUUUACCCUGUGACAUAUCGACGAGCGACGAAGAUGACUCGGUACACCUCGUCCUGUGGUACCGAGAGGAUCUCGACGCAUCGGUGUACAGUCUGGACGCCCGAGGGCGGGACUUUGGUAUCGCCGAGAGAUGGUCGGACAACGCGGUCUUCUCGAAUCGAGCGUAUUUUCUGCCGGACGAGAAACCGGCGAGACUCGCUGUCGAUAAAAUACGAGAGGACGACGGUGGCAUCUACCGGUGCCGUGUCGACUUCAAAAAGGGACAGACGAGAAACUCCAAAGUUAACCUCACGGUUAUAGUUCCACCUCAGGAAAUUGUGAUAACCGAUGAAAAUGGCGUCACCCGAACCUCUCAGGUUGGGCCUUAUCUCGAGGGCAGUGAUAUGGAGUUGCAUUGCGAUGUUUACGGUGGUAAACCCAGUCCCACUGUCGCCUGGUAUCGUAAUAAACAAAUUUUUAUGGAUAAAUCGGAGAUGAUUCAGCCGGGAAUCAUCCGGAGUACGAUUAUCAUCAAGAAUUUGGAGAGGAGAGAUGUUUAUACGGAGUUGACGUGCGGCGCUACGAAUCACAACAAGUCAACGCUGUUAUCCGCUACUGUGACAGUUGAGAUGAAUUUGGAUCCACUCGACGUAAACAUACUAAACGCCAACAAACCCCUCUCCGCCAACAAACACUACGAAUUAACCUGCGAAACCUACGGUUCACGUCCACCCGCAACAAUCACCUGGUGGUGGAACGGUGAACACCUUAAAAGUUCACACGACACAACCACCCACGACGCCAACAUCACCAAGAGCUUUCUCUCAUUCACCCCGUCCAAGGGUGACACUGGCCGUCGGCUGUCGUGUCGGGCCGAGAAUCGUGAACUAUCGAUGGGCCCUAUCGAGGACGAAUGGGUCCUACAAGUGAAUUACAAACCCGAAACGAGAAUUCAGUUGGGGACUUCCUUAAACAGAAACGCCAUUCGCGAGGGGACCGACGUCUACUUCGACUGCCUCAUUAAGGCCCAACCGGCUGUUUACAAGGUCGAGUGGCGUCACCAGGGCCGGACCCUUCAUCACACCAUCUCCCAGGGCAUCAUCAUCAGCAAUCAGUCCCUGGUACUGCAGGGAGUGGAGAGGAAGAGCGCAGGUAAUUACACCUGCGUUGGGUUUAAUACGGAGGGUGAUGGGGUCAGUUCACCCUUCCACCUGGACAUCAUGUUCGCCCCCACCUGCAGGCCCAAUCAGACGAAAAUUCAUGGUGUCGGCAAGCAGGAGAAGGCCAACAUAUCGUGUCAGGUGGAGGCUAAUCCACCGGAAGUCGAGUUCAGGUGGACGUUCAACAAUUCCGCGGAGAGUAUUGACGUAGCACCUGGACAUAUCGUCAAGACUGGAGUGUCAUCGGUGGUGUCCUACACACCAAUGAAGGAAUUGGAUUAUGGCACCCUGUUGUGCUGGGCCAGCAACGUCAUUGGGGGUCAGCAAGUCCCCUGCGUCUACCACAUAAUUCCUGCUGGACAUCCUGACAUGGUACACAACUGCUCGACUCAUAAUACUUCGACGAGUUCGUUCACCGUCAGGUGCAGCGAGGGCUUCAACGGCGGUCUCCAGCAGUCGUUCCUACUCGAGGUGAGGGAGAGCCACAAUCAGGUGGUCAGGGUCAACCUGACGUCAGCUGUUCCCCAGUUCAGUGUCAGCCAUUUGAAUCCUGGAAUGUUGUAUCAGGCGUGUGUCUACGCCUUCAACGAGAAGGGGAGGAGUGAACCGAUGGUCGUUCAGGCUGGCACCCUGAGACUACCUGAAAAACAACUGACGACUGAUCCAGGUAAGUCCAGGGACAGGCCCAGGCAUCAUGUGAAGUUGACGCCCAUGUUGAGUGUCAUGAUUGGUGUCGUCGCGGCACUCGUCAUCGUCGCUGUCAUCGUCAUUGUCGUCCUCAGGAUUCAGAAUGGAAAUCCUGAUGAUCAGGGGAAGCCACAUCUUGAGGAGCAUCAGAAGAAGACGAAGAGCGUUCCCAUUCAGCGUGAGCUCAGGUUCAGGGAGGUCUGCAGUCUGAUAACUGAGGAGAAACACGUCAGCACGGCGUUCGUGAAGUCACUGGAGGCGAGUGGUGAUGAAGGGGAUGAUAAGAAUCCCGAUAUCAUACCCCAGGUGGUGUCGAGUGGGGGUGAAGAGGGACAGAUUGAGUUUGUGAGGAAGCACAGGAUGCAAGCGGUGUCGACUAUCGAUACGUCACCAUCGAGGCCGAGGUGUAGUGUGAUGGAGGAGGGGAGUGGGACUUGUGGGGGUGGGGGUGGGGGUGGAAAUUAUGUUGGGUACUGUACGAUCAGGAGUGGUAUGCCGUUGAGGGAGAUGUCGGCGGGGAAGCAUAAGAGUUUCCAGCCCAUGAUGACAUCAGAUCCUGUUUACGGCACCGGUGUAUGCACCCUACCCCGCCAACACUGGCCCAGUCAUGGCAAUUCUCAGGGUAUCAGUAUGACAAACAUGACCAUGAAUUCACCAGCUGUUUUAUACACUGGACUUGGAAUUGUCGGUCGUGGCUGUCCCAGUGCUACCAUAAUGACAAAGGACAUGGACACGGUGAGAGCACCAGGACCACGUCUUGCCACCAUUCAGACAUCCAAGGAGUCCAAUACCACCAUGACAAUGACACAGGUGACGAAGAGAGAGAGCUCAGUGUGACCUGAUUAUCCUGGGGGUAAAUCGACGAUUAAAUUGUCAUGUUCAUCUGUUUAUCGUGUUAAUCUCGUGGGUUUGACUGUCCCAGGGGUGACUAUCAACCCCUUUAUGGU